CUCUCUCCCACUGUCAUCAACAUGGCUCGGAGCAAGAAGAACUCCCGCAAGCGCAAGAAGGUUAAGCGCAAGCGCCUGGGUGACUUGCCCAACUCUUGCAGGGCUGGCAUUACUGCUGCCUUUGUCUUUGUCGGCACUGUGUUUUGCUUUGCAGCACUGCUGAUGGACGACUGGGUUGACUGGGGAGACGACAAUACGGCCAAGACUUCGAUCUCGCUCUGGUCGCGGUGCUUUGACCACGUCCACAACUUCCGGACAUGCGUCGAGCUGCGCAACUCGGCUGAGGACUCGGACCUGGCCGAUGCAGGCCUCGUCGCUGGCAUCAUGCUGGUGGCGGCUGUGACUUGCGGCGCCAUCGGCACCUUUGUCUCGCUCAUCUUUGCCUUUGGCAAGCCCAUCGGCGUCUGCUGCUUCAACCGCUCGCGCAACGCAGCCAUCUCGUUCUUCCUCACCUUUGGCAUGACGCUCUUUGCGUACAUGACGUGGAUUCUGUACUCGUCGAUCUACUUUUCGACGUCGCGGUACACCGACUCGGACCCGAAGCAGACCGCCGGUGCUGCGUUCUACCUUGCGGUGGUGGCCUCUGUUCUCGGGACCGUCGCCACGCUUGGCUCGCUCUUCAACUGGUGGGUCGAUGCCAAGACGUACGAGGAUACGGUGUACAAGAAGCCUGUCCUCGCCUCGCUUCUUCUGGCUAUCGGCGCGGUGCUUGUGGCGCUUGCGCUCGGCACCCGCGGAUGGAUCCGGUCGCCGUCGUCCAACUCGUUCCAGCUUGAGGGCUUUACCGGCCGGGCUGAGGUUGGCCUCUUCCAGUACUGCCUUGUCUCGGGCCCGCUCUCGUCGUGCUCGUACCUGCGCAAUGCUGACGCCUCGGUGGUCAAGACCAACGUGACCGGCAUCUCGCUUGACACCCUCGCCGAGGGCGGCUCGACUACCGCGGCGCUGCUGGUGGCGAGCCUCCUCGCCGGCGUCCUCGGCUCGUUCAUGGCCAUGAUCCACGGCCUGCGCAAGGACAUGGGCUUCCUCUGCCUCUCCAAGUGGCGCAACGGCUACGUCGUCUUUGUGCUUUCAAUCAUCUUCUCCGGCUUCUCCACCGUCGCCUGGAUCGCCUACUCCUCGGUCGUCUUCUCGGACGAGGACUACAAGGACUCUGACUCGCUCAAGGCUGGCUUCUCGGUCGGCUUUGCCGUUGCCGCCUCGGUCUGCGGCGCGCUCGCCACCUUCCUUGCCUGCCUCGCCCGCCACGGCUCGCCCGACUGGUACGGCUCGUACUACGACGAUGAUGCCACCACCGACGACGAGAUGACGACCGACGCCGAGACGACCGCGUACUCGUCGUAAUCGCGCCACGCUACCGCAGCGUACCGCUGCCGCUCGGCAGCGUUGGCUUUUGGACUUCCCCCUCCCUCCCGAGGGCGCCCCCCAAGAAUGAACGCUACCGCCGCGUC